AGCGGACAAGCCCGCCCCGCCGCUCCUCCCAGCCGCUUCUAUCCCGGAAGUUGAUGCCGAGCGCAGAUCGCUUGUAGCUUGCUAGCUGUGUGGGCUGAGAGGUCUGGUGGGGCUGAGCUUGCGAGAAGAUCAACAUGCCUUUGGCUAGAGAUUUACUACAUCCGUCCUUGGAAGAGGAAAAGAAAAAACAUAAAAAGAAACGCCUAGUACAAAGUCCAAAUUCUUACUUUAUGGAUGUAAAGUGUCCAGGUUGCUACAAGAUCACCACGGUUUUCAGCCAUGCUCAGACAGUGGUUCUUUGUGUGGGUUGUUCAACAGUGUUGUGCCAGCCUACUGGAGGAAAGGCCAGACUCACAGAAGGGUGUUCAUUUAGAAGAAAGCAACACUAAUGAUUCAAACAGCUUCCUGAAUUUUGUGUUAUCUCACAGAAAGCCUUAUCAUAAAUUCCAUAAUUAUAAUUAAUUUACCAAGAUAAUGUAAUUACAUUUGGUUUUGUAAGGUAUACAACAGUAAUCUCCUAUUUUGGUGCCAGUUUUUCAAUAAAGUUUUGAUUAUGGGCAAA